AUGGCCGGAACCAGGGAGCAUGUGAUAUCCGUGGAGGAGUUACUGUCGAGAAAGGCUGAUGUUGUCAGAACCGAAGCUGGUGAAACAAGCAGGGGCCGUGACAUUUCCUGCCAACAGAGGCGGGUCAUUGAAGUUAUUGAACAAAGAGAGGAAGCCUGCGAGCUGAAAAAAAAGAGGUUUGAGAAACUGAGGGAAGCAGGAGAUCAUCAUCCCAAUGGAGGUCAAAAGGCUACACCAAGAAUACAAAAGGUUCCACUGUUGCUGCAAGAUCACAAACAUUUCGACAAGUAUUUUAAGCCAAGGAUUGUAGCACUCGGUCCUAUCCAUCAUGAUACGCCAAAAUACAAGCCAGCAGAGGCGUACAAGCUUAGAAUGGCAAAGUGCUUCGUCCAAGACAGUGAUACAAAGGAUGAGAUUUUGUACGACAUUGUUGAGAAGAACAUCGAGCAACUGAGGAAGUGCUUCGACGAGGAGGUGACCAAGAAGUAUGAUGAUCAGGCCCUCGCCUGGAUGCUGUUUGUGGACGGGUGUGCAAUAUUACAGUCCAUUCAUUGUACUGUUAGCAAUGCAUGCACAGAUUGGAAAAUGAAAAACGAUCUGAUGGCCUUUGGGACACAGGAUUUGUUCUUGUUGGAGAAUCAACUUCCUUAUCAACUCCUUGUGGAUUUGAUGAAUUCCAGCGCAAAGAAAGAUGAAUUGGAGAAUUCCAUCAAAAACUUCAUGCUUAUGCAGACCUCGCAGCCAGAGGAGGAAGGGAGUCAAGGGACUGCGGAAACGAGGAUGCCUCUCCGGUGGGCAUUCCUAGGCAAACGCAAAAGUCAUGGUCCCGACGCUGGCGAAGAAAACAAAAGGGACGACAAAAACAAGAGUAAGGGGGUGCUGUGCGAGGAGGAAGGGACUACGGAAAGGGAUCCGAACCAUCUUCUCGAUCUCCUCCGGACGAUAAUCAUAGGCGCCAAACCCAAAAGAAGUACUCCUGGCGACGAGAAAGGAAGGGACGACACAAUUAAAGAAGAUCAAGACGGCGCUGCUGCACGACAAGAAAGGGAUCGGACUCCUGAGCAAAAGGGACUACCAAAAAAGAGCUCAAGGAGCGGUAAAUUGCGGUCGUACUAUCGCAACGUGGAGGAGCUUAGAGCAGCAGGAAUCCAUGUGAGGCCGCCCAGGAAAAGAAAUGGUUCCUUGACAUCAAUAACUUUUGAUGAAGGACUCAAGUUCUACCUCCGGCUUUCUCCAAUUAUAGUCGAUGACUCAACGGGACCCAAGUUCUUGAAUUUGAUAGCCUACGAGAUGUGUCCGGAUUUCUACAAUGAGUUCGAGAUCACCUCUUACAUAUCAUUCCUGGAUUCACUCAUUGAUAACACCAACGACGUAAUGGAGUUGAGGAAUUCGGGCGUACUCCAGAACCAACUCGGCAGCGACAAAGAAGUGGCUCAACUCUUCAAUGAGAUUGGCACCGACUUGGUUCCUGACCCCGAAGCAUAUGCCAAAGUCAAAGAUGCCAUUCAGAGACACUACGAUACUAAGUGGAAGACCUGGAUUGCUGAAGCCCUUAACGAACAUUUCAGAAGCCCCUGGACGUUUCUGGCUUUUUCGGCCGCCAUAAUAGUACUCGGCCUAACUUUCAUACAGACUUGGUUCGCAAUCAAAGAAGACAGAGGUAAUUCCCGACCCCGAGUUCGGCGCUAG